GAGCGCAUGUCGUCCGCAGUUCGCGCGAGGCCUGCUACCAGCAAGAAAGCGCUUUCAAUACAGUGAGGUGACGGUCAUGUUAUCGAGACAAGCAGCAGAAUAAGCGAUAUUAAUAAUCGAUAGAGCCUUCGACAAAUCGUUUCUGAAGAGUCCUGGUAUUAACGUGGCAUUUAGGAUAGACGGAGUGUUUAUAUUUCAGUCGUAGCAGGUUUGUAAAAGUCUGCCUCGUUCGGAUGCUCACACAUCGGCUUUACCAUGAACAAAAAUAAGAGAGAAAAAGAGUUCUACAGCGUAGAUGUGGGUGAUUCAACAUUCACAGUGUUGAAGCGGUAUCAGAAUCUAAGACCCAUUGGCUCGGGUGCUCAGGGAAUAGUCUGCUCAGCAUAUGACCACAACCUUGAGCGAAAUGUGGCUAUAAAGAAACUCAGCCGCCCUUUUCAGAAUCAGACUCAUGCCAAACGCGCAUACAGAGAGCUGGUGCUCAUGAAGUAUGUCAACCAUAAAAACAUAAUAGGUCUGUUAAAUGUUUUUACAUCACAAAAAACAUUCGACGAAUUCCAAGAUGUUUACCUAGUAAUGGAGCUGAUGGAUGCCAACCUCUGCCAAGUCAUUCAGAUGGAGCUGGACCACGAGCGGCUGUCCUAUUUGCUGUACCAGAUGCUGUGCGGAAUAAAACACCUCCACUCGGCGGGGAUCAUCCACAGGGAUCUGAAACCCAGUAACAUUGUGGUAAAGUCAGACUGUACCCUGAAGAUCCUGGAUUUCGGUCUGGCCAGGACAGCAGCUAUAGGUCUGCUGAUGACACCAUAUGUGGUGACGCGUUACUACAGGGCCCCUGAAGUCAUCCUGGGAAUGGGAUAUCAAGCCAAUGUGGAUGUAUGGUCUGUUGGCUGUAUCAUGGCUGAAAUGGUCAGAGGUAGUGUGUUGUUUCCGGGUUCAGAUCACAUUGAUCAGUGGAACAAAGUCAUAGAGCAGCUGGGAACACCAUCCCAGGAGUUCAUGAUGAAACUCAACCAGUCUGUGCGGACCUAUGUGGAGAACAGGCCGCGUUACACUGGAUACAGCUUUGAGAAGCUCUUUCCCGACGUCCUGUUCCCUGCUGAUUCAGAACACAACAAACUGAAAGCAAGCCAGGCGCGGGACCUGCUGUCUAAAAUGCUGGUGAUAGAUGCAUCCAAGCGAAUCUCUGUGGAAGAAGCUCUGCAGCACCCCUACAUUAACGUGUGGUACGAUCCAGCUGAAGUGGAAGCGCCACCUCCUCUAAUCACAGACAAACAGCUCGAGGAGAGGGAACACACAGUGGAGGAGUGGAAAGAGCUGAUCUAUAAAGAAGUCCUGGAUUGGGAAGAAUGGAUGAAAAACGGUGCCAUUCGAGGUCAGCCUUCUCCUUUAGGUGCAGCAGUGAUCAACGGCUCACCCCAGCCCUCCUCCUCUUCUUCCACCAAUGACGUCUCCUCCAUGUCCACAGAGCCCACCGUGGCCUCAGACACAGACAGCAGCCUUGAGGCCUCCGCGGGACCCCUGAGCUGCUGCAGAUGACUAUCACCUUCCCCUGGAGUUUCUCUGUGUGUGGCAUGGUAUCAGAUUUAGGCCAGUCUAAUACUUGAUUUCGGGUCGGGUGUGGCUUUUUUGAGUUCCGCUUUAGAUGCUGUAAAUGACUACACACUUUGAUCUUUUUAGCAGCAGCCCUAAUAGGCUUAGCCAAUGAUAGCGAACUCCUUAACAAAUCUCUUCUUUUAUAAGCUACGUUUAGGGUAUGUUGUCAAGUUGUCGUAGAGUGAUUUUGGAGGGUAAUCUGUAAAGAUUGAAUUGUGAAUAUAUUUUCUCAAAUUAAAUUUUUCCUGGUCAAUGUAUAAUUUUCUUGCUCACUUUCGAUAUGGAAAUCUUUAGAAACAAGUCCAUAUUAGUACUUUUAAAUGGACAUACCAGUGUUGCACAAAUUAAUAUCAGCUUAGUUAUUUAAGUUCAUUUUGACAUAACGUGCCCGAGGAGGCUUUUUCUGGGUCGUAUUUUCUGUCAUUGAUUCACACCUUUUAUUUAAAUUUUGUACAGUUUCAUUUAGAUAUAACUUACAACAUAAAAAAACAAAAACAAAUAUUUUUAUAUGUACACUGAUUUAUUUUACCAGGCUGUUCUUUUUUCAUGAAUUAUUUUGCUGCUGGUUAAUUUCCUGGUUGAAUGUGAAAUGUGACGUGCUUGUGCGUUUGUCUCUGGUGUUCUAGUUUUUGUUCUAGUCCUAGUUACCUAGGAUUUCAGCACCUUUUUUUAUUUUCUUAUAAUUAAAAAAUAGUUUUACCUCUUCAAAAUCUGCAAAUAGAACAAGCAUUGUGCUUCAUUAUUGUAUCAUUGCAUUUUGCAUUUUUUCGCUAAUGUUUUUGCCAUCCCUUUAUAAGGUUUUGUUUCAUGACAUAUGAGUCAGAAAUUCUGAGCUGGUAGAACAAAUGUUAUUAAUUUCAUUUCAGUUUUAAGCUAAUUAUUUAUUUUUGUACAACAGUGAAUGAACCAGAUUUGAAAAUUAUUUAUCUCUAGAUCUGUUUUACUUUGUGUUUUUUUUCCCCCCAUCAGGUUGGAAGGUCAAGUGAUGUGCUGCAAAUGAAUGGGUUCUUUGUAAUUUCUGUCAUUGAAUACUGUGUAGCUCCACACAUUAUUUGAUAACGGGUUUAAGAAAAAUCAGGGAAGUGGGUUCUGAAUGUGAAGGUGAUGGAGAAUGGUGAAUCGGCCUGAAGUUGUGGAGUUCUAAGAGGGAAUCUAAAUGUUGUUGACAUAUGGGGUUACGUCCAUUGGAUACUUUUACCUGUGCACAGGGUAAAAAAAAAAAAUCAAUAUUUUGCUAUUACUUUAUAUUAUUGCUGUUUUUUUUAGUGCUCUUAACAGUGGCAAUGAUAUUAAACCCUACAUACCUGCCUGGGAAGCCUGAGCCUCUUGUACAUGCAAAGAGCAAAAGCUUCUCAACGUGUGAUAUGUUUUGUGCAUGAAACACAGAGCUGUUUGAUGGUCGAGUCUGAACUACCUCACACUGUUACCAUACUGCUCACAUUUGACAAGUAUUAUUGUAACCUUUUUUUUUCAUUUUAUUUAUUUGUUCAGAAAAAUAGGAGUGCUGCACUGUCUGUAUAGUUUGAAUCUGUGAGAAAGUACUGUAUGUAUGUGUAUACAAUUCAACGAGUAUGUUUUUGUUUAUUCUAAUCUAGCCUUUUUUUUUUUUGUUUUCUUCAGCUUAUGUGCUGUAACUGCAAGCUGAAAAAUGUUAUGUUAUUUCAGACUCGACAUCUGUGCAAAAAUGUUUGGAAGGAUUCGGUCCUUGUUUCUUGUUUCGAGAAAAAGAAAUGAGAAUAGUUCAAAUGGAGAAGAAAAGUUUCUCAUCCCCAAUUUCAACGAUGGGAGGUAUCUUGCAUGACCUGCUUAGCAUUUGAUUUUAAGUCGAAAACACUGUACAAUAACUAAAAGAUCAUGGUGCUGGGUUUAUUAGACUGCACAAGCUGAGGCAGUUGUUUUAUAUUAGGGUUAGCAGAUUACCAUCUUAUUAGAAUGCACUGAAAAUCAAUUGUGUUACCAUUAUAACAACUGGAAAAAUGGAAAUAAACAACUGGAAAAUUGG